AGGACCCUCAUCAAGAAAAUAAGUACCAUAUCCUGAUUACUUUAACUUUACCCUAUCCCUAUAUUUUCGCUUGACAUUUAUCAGCCCUAAUAGCGUCCCCUGCCAUUUCAACUACCCAGUCUGCUUUUAGUUUUACUGCUCUUCAACAUGAUGCUCUGUAACCCCUCCACAAUGCUUUCUGCGCAAUUCAUCUUGAGUUGUUGUGCUUGUGAUUUCUCAUUCUAGUGACUCUAUAUUCUUUCCUAUUGUGUUGAGCAAGAUGGUUUGACCCAGGCUCUCUUCUUCCUUGACCUUGUUCUUUGUCAAGACCAAGGCAUUUGCGCCUGCGUAGCAAUACCCUGCUCUGACCGCGACUCGGAGAAGUUGCCAGAAUAGCCCAGGCUUGAAGAACCUAUACACGACCACCGCGAACAAAUACAAACCAGCAACGAUGGCGGUGGUGAACUCCGUCUCCGCGGCGGACUACGCCAAGCAGCAGCAGCAGACCGAGCAGCAGCUCAUCAAGAAGCUCGCUGCGAAGCAGGGCGAUUUCAACUCCGUGUCUCUGAAUCCCGCCGACACGAUGUACCUUUUUACCAACGAAAACGAUUGGCCCUUCGGGAUCCCCCACGUCACCUGCUUCCGCGACGCGAAGGUCGACGUGGGCGCGUACUUUGGUUUAAAGGCUGCGUGCGCGAGGACCGCCGAACACAUCAUUACCGGCUAUUCAGCAGCGUCCAAGCUGGAGAAUUUGUCGGCCAGUGCGCUCGUGAAGGCCGGGGACAUUGUCGAGGACGACGUCAAGGCACCCACGGUGUUGGGAAGAGGUACUGAUAGCGAAAUCAAUCAUUUUGAAGUCGCUUGCAUCUGCUUCUCCUUCUGCAUUUUUGCUAUGGUCGUUUCUUUUUAUUUCUGACUCUCAAAGAACUCGUCAAAUAAUAUCAUGCUCGUUCGUCGACAUAAUUCUUCAAUGCGUCUGCUCAAACGUACGAACUCGGCGAAUUCAAAAAUCAACCACAUCCACAACCACAGGAAAAUCCCACGGCGCCGGUAUGAAGAGGAUGGGCACGACGCCCGACCUGCUCCAAUCUCACGACAAGCUUGCAAUGGACUUGGCCGGCGAUAAGAAGAGCACUGCUUUCGCGAUGCCCAACACGACCCCGGCGGCCAAGGCAAUCGCGCGGAAAGAGAACGAGGAAAAGCGGCUUCGAGAGCGGGAGAGAACGCUGAUUGGCACGCUCGAGAGCACGAAAGGCGAGAACGUUGAGAAGAAACAAGCCUCGGCGUCUGCCGUCGUGGGGCUUCUAGGCGAGAAGAAAUCCCCUUUGGCUAGGAAACCCCAGAAGGAGCAGACGCUGGCACAGAGACAGAAAACCGCGUUGCUAAAACUGAACAUGCGGGGUAUGGCCAUGCGCGGCCAGGAGAUGGGCGAGGUGGCGAUGCACGCGAAGCAGUUUGCCCGUGAAGUGAUGCAGUUCGCUCUGAAGGCCGAGACGCAGCGGAACCAGGCCAAGGAAGGCACCGCGGACUUUUUUAGUAUGGAAAACAAGGAUACGCUGAACCUGUCAGUUGAUGGGUCCACCGGAGUGAAGGAAGCAGCUGAGGAACGCAACCCGCUGGCAGCGUCGUCCCGUGCCCCGCUGGAAAAGGCCUUUUGGGAAGGGUACCGACUCUCGAAUGCGCACGCGGAUUUCUGUCUCCUCGAGGAGUCCAACACAAAAGCGAGCACCUACGGCGAGAUCCAGUCGGAGCGAAUCCUCGAGGACACGAACAUUCGUGGCAUGGAAUUCUCGCGGAAAGACCCGCGCGCUGCGCGCAUCGACACCAUCACCUUCGCCGCGCAGAAGGACAUGGCCCGACGCGAGGGGAUUUCCGAGGCGGUGGCGGCCAUGGCCGACAAAAUGGCGUCCGGGGGCGGCUUGUUGACGAAAGAAACGGUCUCCGGGGACGGAACCAAUGUCACCGUGCAGAGAACCAAAAAGAGGUGGCGCGAGGAGGACCAGGUUGCUUCGAAGCGCAUGCACCGGAGUGCGACUCUAGGCACCGAGGGUUUGUUUGGAGACUUGAAGAUGGCCGGUAGCGACUUCCCGCGCGGGUUCGCCACCAGUUCGAGCCACUGCCCGAAGAAAAAGGGCAAUCUGGACCUAAAGAGCGUCAAGAAGGAUAUCCACGAAUAUGGUUUAGCCGAGCAGUUCGCGACAAACCAGGCGUCUCAAGAGAAGGUGCAAGUGUACCGUGGUGGGGAACGCAAAUCACUGUUCAAGAGCCGGGUCAAAGCAGAGCAGUUUAUCGUACCGUUAGUGAGCAAGGACAAAACGCUGCGAAAAUUCCUGACCGAUACCUCUUUGACCGAGGGCGUGGCGUCCAAAGUUGCCGCGCAGGUUCGCUACAAAGAGAUGCUGCGGGAGCAUGAUGUGGAGAAGGAGCUCGAUACGCUGUUGGAAGUAGGCUCCGAAGCCAUCGCGGAGGACCCGGCGGCCGCCGAACAGAGGCUAGAUUUGGAGAAGCGACAAGUGGAGCUGUGUCCGGUCCCCGCCGAGCGAACAAGGCCGGUGGACCACGAGUCGUUCGAAAAGUCUAUGGCGGAGAAAGCAGAGGCGAACGAGGCCGCCGAGUUGGAGGCGAAAGCCGCGGCCGACAAGAAGGCUGCGGAAGAGGCACAGAGUACCAUGUCAGACGCGAUGCGGAAGAAAAUGGAGGCCAAAUUUGCCGCGGCAAUGGCGGAACAGCAAACCCAGGAGUUUCUCGAGGAAAACGAGGCGGAGCGGGAGGCCCGGCUCGCCAAGCAGAAAAAGUUUCUGGCCGACGAGGAGAUGCGGCUCAGCCACCGCCGGUUCUUCCCGCACUACGAGGAACUGAAGAAGGCGGACCGGGUGAAGUUUCACAUCUCGCAGAGGAGUCUGGCAGAGCGGAUGGCCGUCGGCGACCCAAAGAAGACGAGGCAGAUUCAGUUCUCCUACGGCCGCAACAUGCCCUGCUUAGCUCCGAGCAACGAGGAAGUCGCGAUCAGCUAUUUGAACCGCAAAGUGCGCCAGCAAAAGAACAUCGAGCGCAAGCAGGGCGACCCUUUUGCGGGCGAAGUGCACCUCGAGAACGGGGAGGAAGCGGAAAUGCUGCGCGGCUUUGGCGACGGGUUUCUGGGCGGGAAUUUCGACCCGACGCCGGACAAUUUGGGUGAGGUUUAUCCAAACCCGAAAGAUGCGGAUAAAAUGAGCGCCCGGCAGAAAAUGAUGUACAAUCACGAUAAAUUUUCGGGGAAGAAAUUUGGCUUCGACCCGCUCCCGCAUGAUCCGAAAAAGGGUUCGAAACUUCCGCCAAAUCAGGUCGUGAAAAUGGGCAGGACGAAUUCCCGUAGUUUAGCGCCGAAGCAGAUAGAAAGUGACAAGUCAGGCGAAGAGACGCCCCUCCCGCCGAUCAUUCGCCUGGCCCGCAGCGGGCUCGCGCAGCCCGGGGAGACGACGGACUACGAACUUGGACAGCGCAUUUCGAACGAGACCAAAGACCACUGGCAGACGCACGAGCGGCAGACAGAUUUGGAUAAACAGCAGGAGCAGAUCAAGCGCGACAACCUGGUCGCAAAGUGCAACAAGAUUUUGGCUGCUAUCGCGCCGGAGCUCGUCCGGUCGGAAGCCGGCGAGAAGAUUGCGAAACUGAAAAACAACCCGCAGAACCGGAUCGCACAGCUCGACAAGUUCGUCGCCGCCGCGGCCGCCGGCUAUCUCGACAUGCACACGAUCCGCACCAUGCCGGGCGACUACUGGCGCACGCACAACCACCACCCAGACAUGAUCGGCUUCAUGCAUCAGCGAAAAGAGAUCACCUUAGAGGACGUCACGCAGCACCUGUCCGAGUACAUCAAGACCCGGGCGGCGAUCGAGCAUAGGGAAGCGGUGCUUCUCUACGGGAGAAAGAACGUGGUCGUCAACACGCAGAAGAAAAUCAUGGACCUGCUCCUCGGUUUAGGCAGCGGCGCCGCCUCCGUGCAGGAACGCAACCGCCGUUCACAGGAGGACACGAGCGAAACUCUGGUCGAGCAAAUGAAAAUCGACGCGGAAGUCUACAAUCGCACGCGGUCGAUACAGGGCAUCGGGGACUACCGCACGGACCGGGCCGCCCGGCUGCGGCGACACUUCAACAGCACACUCGGAGCGCCCCGGAAAAGUGACGUGGAGCGGGACUUCAUGGAGCAACCGACCAAAAGUCGAGUCGCCGUUUUGGCCAGUUUGUCCGAGCAAGCGAUCAAGCGCCCACUGUUCCUGCCGCCGGCGAAAACCUUCCGGACGGUUGGAAAUCGGGUGGACGAGAACACCAAGGCAAAGCUGAAUCCGAAGGGAACGCAGUUGUACGCCGAGGUGUGCCAAUUGUCCGAGCUGGUGCCCCGGUUGCGGGAGGUCCACCACCCGGACGAGGGGAAGUUUGACAUCUCCGGCACGUACACGACGGACAACGAGUUGCUCGCGAUGAGCUUCAUGCUCACGAAACGGGCUUUGCUUGAGGUGAACUUCUCGGAGAACACAGAACUCAGUGACGAGGCAGUCGUUACCUUUCUCCGGCGCGUCAUCCAGGAAGGCCCGACGCUCUUCACCCUGAAGAGUUUCAAGAUCGCCGGGUGCACGUCGGUCGGGGACUACGGGCUGCAGGUGUUCAUCGAUCUGAUCCCCAGUUUGAAAUCCUUGCGCGAACUGGAUUUCAGCGGCAUUCGCGCCAUGGCCCCGGGGACGCUGCUCCGCCUUGCGGACGAAGCGGGCGCGCGGCCGUUGCACAAGGUCGUGAUGUCAGAUAUCGAGAUGCCGGGGACUUUGGCGACGCGGGUUCUCGAGUCCGUUCUCGCCAACGACUACUUGAAGGAGCUCGACGUGGGCUGGAAUGCAUUUGGGGAAAAUGUGUUUGUCGAUCUGCGGACCAUGAUCGCGCAGCACAAGACCUUAGAGGUGCUCCGGAUGCCGAACUGCGCGGAGGUCACGCCCGAGCCCGAGCACAACCCCAUCCACAUCUUCCUCGAGGGUUUCGGGGACUACAAGCUGAAAUACAUCGACUUGUCGAUCAACCGCUGCACCAUGAAAUCCUGCUGCAUCUUGGAAGCGGCCUUGUACCAAAAUCGAUGGUGUCUCGAGAUCGACAUGAACAACAACCCUAUUGGCGCCGAGGGCUGCCGCUCCUUAUUCCGCGCGUUCUCCUGCCACCCGACCAUGCAGUUUCUCGGCGUGAGUCUGAUGCACGCGGCCGUUAUGUACGAGGCCGCGGCGCCGCCGCAUGUUUUGCAGCUGCUCGCGGAGGCCGCCGAGGGAAACAAAAAGCAGGAGCCGACCCGGCCGACCCAGAAGGUGGACGAGAAGAAUCCCUGGGAUUUACCAGAAAGGGUCGCGAUCGACCCCAGCACCUCGGCUGGAACGGUUGGUGUGAAUUACAGCUUGUAUUCCUUUCUCCAGUGUAACCCCCAAAGAUCCUACCUGCUCAACAUGGACGACCCAGGGCACCGCGCGAUUCUGCGGUUAUUGUUCCGGAUUAAAGACCGCGUGCCCGGGUGCGCCUUUAUAGGUCUCGACGACUACUUCAUGAACAAUGUGGCGCAACAGGCGAACGGCGGCUGGAACAUCGUGCCGCCCGAGCCGGGCUCCGCGGAGGCGAAGCGAUUUCAGCCCUGGCAGAGCUUCCGCUUCGAGCUUGACUCGGCCGCAGACAUGAGCAGCGCCAGCAACACGAACUUGGUUACCACUUCGCCGGCGGGCAGUCCGAAAGCAGGAGCUACGAAAGACAAGGGCCUCGUUCCCGCGGGGCAAACGGGCGGCGAGAAAGAGGUGGACGCGGCGGUCAAAAUGCUCGCGCAGUUCGGAACGGCGACCAAGAGUGUUUUCACCCGGCAACGGGAAGUUUUUCUUGGAAAUAUUUGGCUGGAUUUGCAAACUUCCGCCGCGGAUCAAAAAAUCUUCCUCGACGCUCUCUCCUUCGAUUUCGAAAUUAGCAACGAGCUGAUCGCCUUCCUGAUCGCCCGGACGCCGCACAUGCGCCACCAAAUCCUCUGCAGCCUGUUCGGCGCGCUGCGGGGUGGAAAAGCGGCGCAGCGGGUGUUGUUCCUCUUCCAGGCCCCCACGGACACGGACAUGAGCCGCAUCUACCUGCACGCGAUGCAGCUUUUGAAUUUUGUGCCGGAGAACCCGAUGGGGCACUACAAACUUUCGCUCGAUUCCGUCGCGGAUUGGGGCGUCGCUGAUAUGAUGAUGAAGAUCGAUGCGUGGGAAUUCAAUCUGGUCAUGACCAACGCCAGAGGGUGCAAAGCGGGGCCGCCGAAAUAUGUGGUUUCUCAGCACGGGAACAAAUCGAACUUUCGCAACGAGCAACUGAACGGCCAUUACUUCGAGAUGCACCCGAACUUCCAGCUGCCCAUGGCCAAUAGCCUAACGUUCGACUACAGCAGCCCACGGCGGCCGCCGGUCGGCGCAGUUCCCAUCGCAGACCCGCAGGUGGAACUUUUGAUGCGGGCCAUGACGGUCAGUAACUGCUGCUUGCGCGACUGCCGGGAUAUUCUCCUGCAGAUCUCCCCCAAAGUGUACCUGACGUGCCGGCAGCUGCGCAGGCUGCUAAACGUGUUCCAGGGGAGCCAGCCGCUCCUGCUCGACGUCAUUGUCAUCCUCAUGAACCGAACUGUCGACUGGUAUCUCAACGAGAAAAUCGUCCGCGCCGCCGUGUGGAGCAGCGUGUGGAAAACGGAGUUGCACAGGAGGGUCGGGAGCUACUACCUGAUGCCCUGGGUGCAGCCGGAAAAUUGGACGUUUGAGUUGGAUUUCCGGUACUACGAAGACAGGCUCGUGCUGCAGGGCAUAUUGGCUUUCGAAGCGGCGGAGGACGGCGAGAACAUUUUGGACGUUGAGUGGGACAAAGACCACGACGGCACGCCCGAUUUGCUCGUGUCCGGUAUCCCCCGCUCUUGGGAGACGGAGGUGCCAAAAGCGGGGUUGCUCCGACUCACCUACGCGUGCGCGCCGGAAUUUGUGCAAUUGAAAUUUCGCCUGAAGAUGGCUUCGCAGUACGGAUUUUGGAACAUUGCCGACGACAUUUCGCUGGACCAAAAGCGCAUCGAGUGGUGGAUGAGCAUCGAGGAAACCCCGGAGUACAUUCUGGACAUAGCGUUAGUCCUAAUGCACAAGUUUCCAAACUUGAAAGCGGCGUUCAAGUACCUCGACCGGUACAAGCGACGACAGAUCAACUUACAGGACAUAAAGGCCCAGUUCUCCCGCAUGCGGGUGAACAAAAGAACGCAGGCGAGGCUCCAAGACGUCUUCCGCUUCCUCGAUCGCGGCGGCGAGGGGCAGGUCAGUUACGACGAGUUUAAGGUUUUUUCCUAUCUCUGGAGCGAGAUGUUCGUCGGGCUGGAGGAGUUCAUAUACCAUUUAAGGUUCAAGAUGGCGGUGGAAAAGCGCGCCUUGGAAACCACGACGUACCGCGACCCACGAAGGCGGCGAAAAGAGGACGUCACGAAAAUGAAAGGCGUGAAGAUGGUCACGGACGCGGAAAAACAGCCCGGCGCGGCCGAGGACUCGCCGGAGGACGACGGAAGCGGUCAGGGGAAGAAGAUGGAGAAGAAAAAAUCUAAGAGCAAAAAAGCCGAAAAGAAAGAAGACACCGAGGCGGAUAAGAAGCGCAAGAUGCAGGAGGAGCGCAAGCGGCUGAUGGAGCGCGUGCAGCCCGGGCCGGUGCUGGGUUUCCUCGACCAGGAUUUCGAGCCCCUGUCGCUCGCCGAAGCCUGGGAUAUCAUGGACACGGACGGCGGAGGAUCUUUAUCCCAGAAGGAGUUUAUCAGCGUCAUCGGGAAGUACCAAUACAGACGGCAAAACGUGGGGAUCAUCUACAACUUCCUCGACGCCGACGGGGACGAGAUUGAGCGGCACGAGUGGAUGUCGGGCUUGGAGAAGAUGAUGAAGAAGAUGCGGGACAACGAGUCGCCCGCGAGUUCCAUGGGCUUCACCGCCUUACACCGCGACUUCCGCGACACGCAGGAUUUAACGAAUUUAUUGGAGGAAGACGUGGACGACGAGGCCUUCAACAUCGACGGGGAUCUGCUCGACGGCGAGGAAGAGGAGGAGGAGGAAGACUUCCUGGACGAUGAGGAGGGAGGUGGUGGGCCCCGGAGAAGCUACCGAACUGCCUCGUCGCUGGAGGAAAACACGGUGUUUGACCCCAACGCUUUGAAAGAUAUCGACUACGGCAUGGAAGACGAAAUCGAUGAGGACAUCGACGAAGACGCGCUGAUCGCCUAGGAGACAAGUUCUUGUAGUUGCGCUCCUCGUCUGCGAUGCUGAUCUUUUAUUGCCUAGUGUUGUUCUUCGAUUCACUUUCGCUCCUGUUUUUAGUACCCCUAGUUGUAGUUCUGCUGCCCGUAACAUUUUGCAGUACAACCCCCCAAAACCUUUCAGCCUCAGCAAAUCAACACAGUACUUCUUACUGACUCUCUGUGCCCCAGAUUGGAAGUAGUCCCCGCCCCGGCCAUCAACCCCGAGUAAAGGCACGCCAUCCGUGAUGGUGUUGCUUUAGCAUGUAUGAUUCUGCUUUUCACUUGACUUCUGUCAUUCACUCUUUACGUUUACAUAAUAACAAAACAUAACAUAACAUAAACAUAUGCACCUCAUAUACAACUCGUUUUUUUUCACAUUAACAUAACUUCAGCUUCUCGUAUUCUACUUUUUGUUUCUAAUCAUAACAUUUUUGGCGAUGAUGAAUUGCGCGUCGAUUCUCAUCUAUCUUCUUAUUUUGGCAAAACAUUCCAGUCUCACGACACAUGCAAGAUUUUGUGAUAUGCGCAGAACAAGGACCACGCUGUACGUAGACCCGGCCUCGUUCUUUUCACUCAUCUUGAUCUUCUUAUUUUGGAAAACCAACGACCCGAAUGCAAACUAUGCUCCUCGAAAUUGAGCUGCGUCAAAAUCCGCCCCACAUCUUCUUUUCGAAGUAAUCUGUAGUAUCUCGAGCAGCGUCCGAAAG